AAGAUUAUUGGUAAAGCCCCCCAAAAAAAAAAAAAAAAAGUUAAUAGCAAAACUUUAUAAGCUGGUAUUUCCGAACGGUACAUUCCCGUAUUAAUCAAGCUGUUUCCUGCGGUCUCCAUCGAGACGGCAAUGGGGGCUAUUUAGGGCACUACUAACCUUGCAACUUCAUCAAUCUCCGGCCGAUUCUUCCUCCUUCUACGAUCCCGGUUCCGCUGCAAAAUCGCCGACUCUGACGGGGGCAGCUUUCCUCUUUCGGAUUCUUCGUGCAUUCAUUGAAACUCAUUUGGAAGACUGAUGCUUAUGGCUCUCUCGGUGGCUGACCUGCCCACAAUCUACUCGUUGCUCACCAACUCAUUGAGUCGUGAUGAAAGCAUCCGAAAGCCGGCUGAGGCGGCUCUCGCCCAGGGCGAGGCCAGACCUGGCUUCUGUUCUUGUCUCAUGGAAAUUAUAACUGCCAAGGAUUUGGCAUCUCAGGUUGAUGUUCGUUUACUGGCUACUGUAUAUUUCAAGAAUAGUGUAAAUCGCUAUUGGCGAAGCAGGCGUGAUUCAUUGGGAAUUAGCAACGAGGAGAAAGUAUAUCUGAGACAAAAAUUGUUGUCACACUUGAGAGAAGAAAACUAUCAGAUAGCUGCAAUGUUGGCUGUACUCAUUUCAAAAAUUGCUCGUAUUGAUUACCCUAAAGACUGGACAGAGCUCUUCUCAGUUUUAGCGGCACAACUUCAGUCAGCAGAUGUUCUCUCCUCACACAGGAUUUUUUUGACUCUCUUUCGAACAUUGAAGGAAUUGUCCACAAAGCGUCUUGCUUCAGACCAGAGGAAGUUUGCUGAGAUAUCUUCCCAUCUCUUUGAUUACAGCUGGCACCUUUGGCAGAGUGAUAUACAGACCAUAUUACAUGGUUUCUCUACACUUACCCAGAACUUUGAUUCAAAUACUUUAAAGCAGCAGCAGGAAGAGCUUUACCUGAAGUGUGAGCGAUGGUUGUUGUGUUUAAAAAUUAUACGCCAGUUAGUAAUUUUUGGGUUUGCAAGUGAUGCAAAAAGUGUGCAGGAGGUCAGGCCCCUCAAGGAGGUGUCUCCUUUGUUCUUGAAUGCAAUUCAGUCAUUUCUUCCAUACUAUUCGUCAUUUCGGAAUGGACAUCCCAAAUUUUGGGACUUCAUAAAGAGGGCAUGUACUAAACUCAUGAAGGUUUUAGUCGCAAUUCAGGGGAGACAUCCAUAUUCAUUUAGUGAUGAAUGUGUCCUUCCAUCUGUUAUGGUUUUCUGUUUAAAUAAAAUAAUAGAUCCUGAUCCAGAUAUAUUAUCUUUUGAGCAAUUCAUGAUUCAAUGUAUGGUUAUGGUGAAGUCUAUAUUGGAAUGUAAAGAAUACAAGCCAAGUCUUACUGGUCGGGUUAUGGAUGAAAAUGGGUUAACUCUAGAGCAGAUGAAGAAAAACAUAUCCAGUGCUGCUGGCAAUGUCUUGACUUCUCUUAUGCCUAGGGAACGUACAGUGCUCUUAUGUGAGGUGUUGAUUAGAAGGUACUUUGUUCUAACUCCAAGUGAUUUGGAGGAGUGGUAUCAGAACCCUGAGGCUUUUCAUCAUGAACAAGAUAUGGUUCAAUGGACAGAAAAACUUAGGCCUUGUGCUGAAGCUUUGUACAUUGUUUUGUUUGAAAAUCACAGUGAGCUUCUAGGUCCAGUCGUGCUUUCAAUUCUUCAAGAUGCAACACAUGGCUGUCCGACCUCAGUGACUGAAAUCACUCCAGGGUUGCUUCUUAAGGAUGCUGCUUAUGGUGCUGCAGCAUAUGUUUAUUAUGAGCUCUCAAAUUACCUCAGCUUUAAAGCUUGGUUUGAUGGUGCAUUGUCUCAUGAUCUAUCAAAUGAUCAUCCAAACAUGCGUAUCAUCCAUCGGAAAGUUGCCCUAAUAUUGGGACAAUGGGUAUCUGAGAUUAAAGAUGAUACAAAAAGACCAGUAUAUUGUUCAUUGAUCAAACUUCUACAGGAAAAAGACUUGUCUGUUAGGUUGGCAGCCUGCAGGUCAUUGUGUUUACAUAUUGAAGAUGCAAAUUUUUCAGAGAGAGAAUUCAUUGAUCUUCUUCCUGUAUGUUGGGAAUCUUGUUUCCAGUUGAUUGAGGAAGUUCAAGAAUUUGACUCAAAGGUUCAGGUUUUGAAUUUGAUUUCUAUUCUUAUUGGACAUGUUAGUGAGGUCAUCCCAUUUGCAAACAAGUUGGUGCAAUUUUUUCAGAAGAUUUGGGAGGAAUCUUCUGGAGAAAGCCUUCUGCAGAUUCAACUACUUGUUGCUCUCAAGAACUUUGUAGUUGCGCUGGGUUAUCAGUCUCCUAUAUGCUACAACAUGUUACUGCCUAUUCUGCACAAAGGAAUUGAUAUAAAUAGCCCAGAUCAUCUCAAUCUUUUAGAGGACAGCAUGCUGUUAUGGGAAGCCACAGUUUCUCAUGCUCCGUCAAUGGUUUCUCAAUUAUUAGCAAACUUCCCUUGUCUGGUGGAAAUCAUGGAAAGAAGUUUUGAUCACUUGCAGCUUGCUGUCAGUAUCAUGGAGGAUUACAUUAUUUUGGGUGGAGUGGAAUUCCUAAGUGUGCAUGCUUCAGCUGUUGCUAAAAUUCUUGAUCUUAUUGUUGGGAAUGUUAAUGACAGAGGAUUGCUUUCAACUCUUCCAGUCAUUGAUAUUCUGAUACAGUGUUUCCCUAUGGAAGUGCCUCCAUUAAUCAGCAGUACUUUACAACUGGUGUCUUUUGUUCAUUGUUGCCAGAAAUUGAUUGUGAUAUGCUUGAGUGGAGGAGAUGACCGUGAUCCUUCGAAGGCAGCUGUUAAAGCAUCUUCAGCUGCUAUUUUGGCUAGAAUUUUGGUCAUGAAUGCCAAUUACCUUGCCCAGUUGACUGCAGAACCCUCUCUUUCAUUGCUUCUUCAAAGUUCGGGUGUCUCAAUUGCAGAAAAUAUACUUAUUUCUCUUGUUGACAUUUGGCUUGACAAGGCAGAUAGUGUGUCUUCAAUCCAGAAAAAGACAUAUGCCUUGGCCCUUUCUACAAUUUUGAAGUUAGGAUUGCCUCAAAUCCUUGAUAAGCUUGAUCAAAUCCUCAGUGUAUGUACAAGUGAAAUUUUAGGCGGCAAUAGUGACACAGUGGAAGAUGAGUCCAGUUUAUUUUUCAUAAUAAAUGGAAGUGGUGAUGACACAAGUUGCAGCAGGUCCGACGGGGAGGAUGCCAUUUUGAGUAAACAACAUCGUAGAAGGCAGAUCAAGCUUUCAGAUCCUAUCAAGAAGUUGUCCCUGGAGGCCUCAGUGAGAGAAAAUCUUCAAGCAUCUGCGACCCUUUAUGGAGAAUCUUUUAAUUCUGCCAUUGGAAGCAUGCAUCCUGCUGCAUUGGCAGAGUUGAAGCAGGCAUUGAAUAUUCUGUAGCUGGGGUUUGAUUCUCAAGUCUUCUAAUCAAUUUGCAGUAUAUGUCCUGGCUCUUCAAGUUUUCCACUGUUCCAUAAUUUGAGGGAAUAUUGGGUGAACAUUGAAGUUUGAACCUUCUAAAAUUGGUGGUUUCGGCGGUUGUGUUUCGUUAUUGGUGUUUGGGUUGGGUUUUUACUCCUGGUUUGUCUUGAGUUUUCUCUUGUACAUGCCCCCUCAUUAAACAACUAGAAACUUUGUAAAUAGGUUGCCAAUAUUUUUGCAUACGGGGUAUUAAAAGGGUUGCAGCAUUGAGUUUACGGGAAAACAAAUUCAACUGAAAUUUUUACAGAAACAAGAGAACAGGAAAAGCUCACAGUAUUGUUCUUUAUCAAGUUUUUGCUUCUCAGUUUAUAA